AGGCGCUGCCGGGGGCGGAGAAGCCCGGGGACCGGGAGCCCCGAGGGCGGUGGGCGGCUUCGCACCAUGUUCGGCUCUAGCCGGGGCGGCGUGCGCGGCGGGCAGGACCAGUUCAGCUGGGAGGACGUGAAGACCGACAAGCAAAGGGAGAACUACCUGGGCAACUCGCUGAUGGCCCCGGUGGGCCGCUGGCAGAAGGGCCGCGACCUCACCUGGUACGCCAAGGGCCGGGCGGACGGCGCGGGGCUGAGCCGGGAGCAGGAGCUGGCUGCCGUGAGGCAGGCGGAGCAGGAGGCGCUCAUGGCGGCGCUAGGCUACAGGAACGUGAGGAAGCAGCCCACGGGCCUGAGUAAGGAGGACUUUGUCGAGGUCUGUAAGCGGGAAGGAGGUGACCCCGAGGAGAAGGGAGUGGACCGGCUCUUAGGCCUGGGAAGCUCCAGUGGCUCUGCAGGCCGAGUGGCACUGUCCCGAGAAGACAAGGAGGCUGCUAAGCUGGGGCUGUCCGUGUUCACGAGUGGCUUCCCUCGGCAGCACCACCGCGUGGAGAGCAGUCGGCCAGGGGCCUCCCCGGCCUCGGCCCGGAAGAAACCUCGAUCAGAGGAGAAGACGGAGCCGGGCCCCGAGAGCCACAGGAAGAGGAGGAAAGAGAAGAAGAAGAAGAAGAAGAAGGAAAAGAAGAAGCACAAGAAAGAGAAAAGGAGAAAAGAAGAGCAACACAGAGCGGAGGCGGCCUCCUCGCCACCCCCAACUCCCACCGGGCCCCGGCACCGCAGGCAUGACUCCGACUCUUCCUCACCGUGCUGCAAGAGGCGGCGACGGCAAGACGGUGACUGAGGCCCAGUGGCUGGGGCCCUGCCCCACCACGCUGCUCUGUGGGCCCUGCCCAGAGGCCCACCCUCAGCGAAGCUUCCUGGCCCAGGAGCUGGAGGGCUGGCAUGCAGGGGCCCUGCUGGGAGCUGAGAGGGGCCCAGACCCAGCAGGGGAGGACGUGCCUGCCUGGGAGGUCCAGCUGUCCAAGACCCCUGAGAUGCUUAGUUGUAGCUAAACACAGCUACAUUUCUAUUUUUCUUUCUGUUGACUUACUCUUUGUACUUAAAUAAACUUAUUUUAAGGAGAAAACA